UCGCAUCUUGACGGUCCAGAUCUUCCUUCGCGCAUUAUAUAUUCCCUCACGCUUCCUUUCUUCUCACUUCGGUAAAUCUCAAAGAUAAAGCAGCAGCUGAAGCCCAAUCCGUUGCGUUUAUGGCGGACUUCUAGAUUCGAUUCGACUCCCCAACGAGCUUUCUCGAUCCCUCAGCCUACCUGCAACAGUUGCGCGAUCUUUGUAGCUGUUUGGUUGGUGUUUGAAUUCGGUGCAGAUCGAAGGCGUGAUGCUACUAUUCGAUUUGUGCUGAAUUUUGGAUUGAAGGAUCUCUUAAGAGCAAUCAGUGGAAAAUUUUUCUUCCUAAGCAAUCCUAAUUAGCUUUCCAUAAAACAAUGUGGAGAUUUAACCCAUUUACACACAAGGAGGCAGCUGGCCUUGAAGGCCGAGUUAUAGAUGUCGGCAAUCUUAAGAUAAAUGUCCAGAAGGCCAUCGCAGAAGGAGGGUUCUCUUGUGUUUACUUAGCACGUGAUGCUUUCCAUAUGUCAAAGCAAUAUGCGUUGAAGCACAUCAUAUGCAAUGAUGAUGAAUCACUUGCAUUGGCAAAGAAGGAGAUAUCUGUGAUGAAGUCACUGGUAGGACAUCCCAAUGUAGUCACACUUCAUGCUCAUACAAUAUUUGAUAUGGGUAGGACAAAAGAGGCAUUUCUUGUAAUGGAAUAUUGCGAGAAGUCUCUUGUUAGUGUGCUGGAAAGCCGAGGAGCAGGUUAUUUUGAUGAGAACCAGGUUCUCUUAAUCUUCAGGGAUGUAUGUAAUGCAGUUUUCGCUAUGCACUGCCAGUUCCCACCUAUUGCUCACCGAGACUUGAAAGCAGAGAAUCUUUUAUUAGGUUCAGAUGGUUUAUGGAAGUUGUGUGACUUUGGAAGCACUUCCACCAAUCACAAGCGUUUUGAGAAGCCAGAAGAAAUGGGAAUCGAGGAAGACAAUAUCAGGAAGUACACAACCCCUGCCUACAGGGCCCCUGAGAUGUGGGAUCUGUUCCUUAGAGAAGUCAUCAACGAGAAAGUGGACAUAUGGGCACUAGGGUGUCUCCUUUUUCGCAUAUGCUAUUUCAAAAGUGCUUUUGACGGGGAAUCAAAGCUCCAAGUCUUAAAUGGAAACUACCGCAUUCCUGAUUUGCCUAGAUACAGUUCAUCAGUCACGGAUUUAAUCAGAGACAUGCUUCAAGCUAGACCAGAUGACAGACCAGAUAUCACGCAGGUCUGGUUUCGUGUUAAUGAGCAGCUACCUAUUACUUUACAGAAGUCAUUGCCUGACAGGCCACCUGAGUUGCCUGCUUCCAACCAUCCGGAAGGUUCUUCAAUGUCCACUAAUAAAUCACACCCAGCACCUAGCAGGAAUCCACCUCCCCCGCCUUCAUCUGUAGAAUCCAAACCAACGGUCCAGGCAUCUGUUGCUUCUAGGGGUGGUGGAAAUGGGGGGCAGCUUGGUGCUUUCUGGUCCACUCAGCAUGCAAAUGAUUCAAUCGUUUCCAAGGAAAAGAGUAAACCUGUAUUUGAUGAAGAACCAUCUAGUAACAAUAACACAUUAAAGCAUGAUAGAGUUCAUCUAGAGAAUGAUCACUUACCCAAAAAUGUUGGUACUAACAAAGUGGUCAACGCACCAACUCAUUCAGUAAAAAGCAGUGUACAUGGAAAGUCACACAAGCCUGACACUGCAUCAUCCAAGGAUUUCGAAUUGAACUUUUUUAAGGAUAAAGGUCAGAUGAAUGAGAGGGGAUUGUCAAAUAUAGACAAUACAGCUACUUUUCAGGAUCAUGCUUUUAACACAUUUGUUGCAGAAUUUGAUACUGCUAAGCUCAGUCCUGGACUUAAGUCUGAAAGGGAAGAAAUAUUAGAAGCUGAGGUGGAGAAACUGAAAGGGCAGUUGAAGGAAGCAAACAUAGCCAAAGCUGAAAUCACUUCAAAGUAUGAAAAGCUUUCUGCUAUAUGCAGAUCGCAAAGGCAAGAAUUACAGGAUCUAAAACAGGCACUUGCUGCAAAAACUCCCUCGCCAAAUAGGGAGGGUAUGAGGACCUCUCCUGCACUUACAUCAUCUGCAUCCACGAUACUGUUGCAUUAUAACUGCAGAAGGAGCAGAUUGGCGAAACUGUUUGGGAACUUCAGCAGGAUAAAACUGAGAGGAAGACUCCUGGUUCAGAACCAAAGUCAUGGCAGGCUUUUCCUGAGGAACCACGACAACAAACCUCCUUUUCAGCUGACAAUACUUCAAAAUCUGUCAGGACUAGAAAUACCCAGCAGAAGCCGCAGCCUGCUCCAGUUGCUGCUAACUUCGAUUCUUGGGGUUUUGGAUCUGAUAACUUCAGUGCUGUAAGAGCUAGUACCCCACAGAUGCCAAGACCUGGUGAAGGGAGUAAUUCUCAGGCAUUUGGUGAAGCAAAGGCAUUUGAGAAGAAAUCAACUACCCCCCCUGCUGGAUGGGCUGGAUUUUAACUGUGCAGAAUGGUUGUGCUCUGAUUGCACCUAUAAGCAUUUUUACUUUGCUCCAUUAUGUUUGAUUCAUGCUGUUGGGCGUUUGUUUCUUUUCGUGGAUGAUUUUACUAAAUGGAUCUUGUUUAUCUGGACUAUAUCCAUUCUGGGGUGGAAGUAUUCAUUUCCAAUUUGCAUGAUUAUUGUAUUACUCGUGUCUCUGAAAAACUUUCGAGUCCUGAACUUGGUUUAUAAAUUUCAAUGAUUAUAUUAGCUGA